AUGGAUAUUACAAAUAAACCCCAAACGUUCUCUUCGAUCAGAAGCAUUUAUGUUUGGUUGGAUGGCGCUAGACUGUUCCUCAGUCAUCCCACGAAGAAGAAAAAUAUCGUUCCGUCACUUCCUGCCACCCCUGCAUUUUACCACGGGCAACCCCGUUGCUCUUUCUUUUCGCACGUCAUGGCGGACCGGUUCAAUAAGGUUCUGCUAAUAGAUGGCAGGGGCCAUCUACUUGGCCGACUGGCUGCCAUUGUGGCUAAACAGGUCCUCCUGGGCCACAAAGUAGUGGUGGUAAGAUGUGAAGGCAUCAACAUAUCUGGAAACUUCUAUCGCAACAAGCUGAAGUAUCUGGCUUUCCUGCGCAAGAGGAUGAACACCAAUCCCUCACGUGGGCCGUACCACUUCAGAGCUCCCAGCAGGAUCUUCUGGAGGACUGUCAGAGGCAUGCUUCCCCACAAAACCAAGAGAGGCCAGGCUGCUCUGGACAGGCUGAAGGUGUUUGAUGGUAUCCCCCCUCCUUAUGACAAGAGAAAGCGUGUGGUUGUGCCAGCUGCUCUGAAAAUUGUGCGCCUGAAGCCCACUCGUAAGUUUGCUCUGCUCGGGCGUCUGGCACACGAGGUUGGCUGGAAGUACCAGGCCAUCACAGCCACUCUGGAGGAGAAGAGAAAAGAGAAGGCCAAGCUCCGCUAUUCCAAGAAAAAGACACUGGUCAAGCUGACCAAGCAGGCGGAGAAGAACGUUGAGAAGAAAAUCGCCGUAUACACAAACGUUCUGAAACAAUAUGGUGUACUUGUCUAACCUGGGUUUUCAUGGCCAAUAAAGAUAAUUAAAUGUU